AUGAAGCUGUCUAUAGCUCUUUUGAGCGUGGUGGCUCUCGUGGCCGUCAGCGGCCUGCCACAACCCAGGCCCGAUUUCGAAGAAAUCGAAGAGUACUCCAGCUCCUCCAAGAAGUCGGCAGCUUCCAGCGCAUCCAGCAAGUCAGAUGAGAGUUCCUCCACCACUAUCAUCAAGGAAGCUGGUGGCAAGACCAUCAUAGAGAAGGAGCGAAGCCAACAAGAGCAGGAACAAGCCAGUGCUAGCCGAAAAGAAGAAGCUAGCCAAAGGAGUGUCAUAAGCGUUGACGGACACAAAGUCUCAGAGGAAUCGAGCCACCAGGCCAACUCUGCGCAGCAACAGCAGGACUCUUCUUCCAGAACCAGCAGUCAGAAACGGAGCGUCAGCGGCAGUGAAGGGUCUGAGAUCAGUGAGUCGGAAAGUAGUGCUAAAAAUGCCGCCUCUAAAAGCAAGUCUGAUGAAUCUAGCAGUUCCUCAAAGAACAUCAUCCGCGGUGGGACUGUGAGCAAAAAGUCGGAGACAAGUUCUAAGCAAGCGGCCUCCGAAAGCGAUUCUGCUAAGUCUAGCCGUUCAAAGAAGGUCUCCCGCUCCGGUGUUGAAAAAAGUCAGCAAAGCAGCUCCGCCAAAUCAGCCAAGGAUAGACGUAGUUCAAAGAAGUCUUCAAGUUACAAGUCUGAAGAAAGCGAAGAACGCAAAUCAGCCAAGAGCCGAGGAACGAGGAAAAAUGAGCGUGAGGCUCACAACCGAGGAGGCAGCCGUGAGCGAACGAGCUCCAAGAACUCUAAGGAGGAGCACUCAGCUGAGCAAUCGGCCAGCGAACGGAAAAGCUCCAGCUCCAAGAAAUCCAACAGCAGACAAGACAGCUCAAGAGAGAGCAGCGUAGAGAGAGAGGGAAGGGAAAACCGCGAGGGCGACUAUAAGGAAACCGUGGAUAGGAGACACAGGAAGGAAAGCAGCUCUAGCUCCGAAUCUGAGAGAGAAGAAGCCAGACGUCGGAGAAACUCUAAGUCUAAGUCUUCUCAGGAAACUGAGCAGCAUCAGCACAGACAUAGUUCAAAGAAGUCUUCAAAUAAGAAGUCUGAAGAAAGCGAAGAGCGCAAAUCCGUCAAAUCGACCAAGAGCCGAGGAACGAGGAAAAAUGAGCGUGAUGAUCUCCACAUCAGUGAGCGAAAGAGCUCCAAGAACUCUAAGGAGGAGCACUCAGCUGAGCGAUCGGCCAGCGAACAGAGGAGCUCCAGCUCCAAGAAAUCAAAUAGCAGACAAGACAGCUCAAGAGAGAGCAGCGUAGAGACAGAGAGAAGGGAAAAGCGCGAGCGCGAGGAAAGCAGCUCUAGCUCCGAAUCUAAGAGAGAAGAAGCCAGUCAUCGGAGAAACUCUAAGUCUAAGUCUAAGUCUAAGUCUUCUCAGGAAACUGAGCAGCAUCAGCACAGACAUAGUUCCAAGAAGUCUUCAAAUAAGAAGUCUGAAGAAAGCGAAGAGCGCAAAUCCGUCAAAUCGACCAAGAGCCGAGGAACGAGGAAAAAUGAGCGUGAUGAUCUCCACAUCAGUGAGCGAAAGAGCUCCAAGAACUCUAAGGAGGAGCACUCAGCUGAGCGAUCGGCCAGCGAACAGAGGAGAUCAUCGAGACGACACGGUUCUUCAUCUUCAGUAGAUGAAAGCUCCAGCUCCAAGAAAUCCAACAGCAGACAAGACAGCAAAAGAGAGAGCAGCGAAAAGAGAGAGAGAAGGGAAAAGCGCGAGCACAAUUCUAAGAAAACCGUGGACUGGAGAAGCAGGAAGGAAAGCAGCUCUAAAUCUAGCCGCGAAUCUGAGAGGGAAGAAAGAACCAGACUUAGGAGGAUCUCUGAGUCUCGGAAAUCUCAGGUAACAAAAUUCGUCCAAACCAUUGACAUGAUUAAAACUCAUACACAGUGA